GGAAUUUCCUCCCCCUUCUUUUGUGAUGUCAUAUGAAGGAGUGGAUGAAAGAAGGCUGGUUAAAAGGAGCCCGGUUGCAGCAGCAGCAGACAGACAAGCAGCGGCAGCAGCAGCACAAGGCAACAUGAACUCCAGUGUUCAGAACAGAGAGCUGCUCAGUUGUGAUGGGCUGGAGGACAGGGAAGGCAUGCUGACUUUGCAGCCGGUCUGGGACUUCAUCGUAACGCAGGAGGCUUUGCUCAAGUCACCCUUCUUCCCAGUGCUGUUCAACUUUACGCUAUACACAGCUUUCUGCCUGCCGUUCAUCGCUCUGGACUUCUUCAGCACUCGAGUCCAAGCCUUGAGAAAGUACAAAAUCCAGCCCCAGAGUUCUCCCACUCUGAGUAUGAUGGCGCUUUGCAUGACUCAAAACGUCUACCACCACCUGGUCUGCAUUUUCCCAGUGACUGUCGCUCAUUGGUACUGGAGACCAGUGAGUUUGCCAGUGAAAGCUCCUGCCUUGCCGAGGCUCUUGCUGGACAUAACGCUCUGCCUGCUGCUCUUUGACUUCCUGUAUUUCCUGUGGCAUCUGCUCCAUCACCGGGUGCCAUGGCUCUACAAGACCUUCCACAAGGUCCACCACAAGCACAUCUCUACGUUUGCUCUCACCACCCAGUACGCCAGCAUGUGGGAACUGCUUUGGCUGGGUUUUUUUGCGGGGAUCAGCCCAAUGCUGCUGAAGUGUCAUCCUUUGACGGAGAUGACAUUCUUCGUUGCCAACAUCUGGUUUGCGGUGGAGGAUCAUUCUGGCUAUGACUUGCCGUGGUCGACCCACAGACUGGUCCCAUUUGGUCUGUAUGGAGGAGCACCACACCACGAUCUCCAUCACUUGAAGUUCAAAUUCAACUAUGCCCCAUACUUUACCCACUGGGACCGUCUCUUUGGAACGCUUAGCCAUGCUGUCGGGGAAAAUGACAUGUCAGAGAAGCUGGCCAGAAGCUGAGUUCAGCCAUCCUCUCCAGAUUAACCAUCUGGAAACAAACCCACACCAUUGCACUGCAUUUAUUUAUAUUAAUGUAUUUAUGGAACAGUUUUUGUGAAGUAUGCAUAGCCCUAUGGUUGUUUGGAACAAGCAAUUUUAAUGAAGCCAUCGGAGAGAGGCUAUCACUGUGAGUCCAUUUUCUUUUGGCUAUCCAAGCUUUUAUAAGGCUAAUGUGUAUGCUCAAUGUGUAUGUAAGAGAGUUUCUGCUUGCUGAAAUGAGAAGAUGAGUUGUGAGAGUCAAAUUAAUGCUUAUUAUGAUUCCUAUGGAAUAUAUCUUGGCUUCAUAUUGGAAAUAAAAUAUGGACACACAAAGAAAAAUGAAGAAGAAGAAGCAUCUAACCUGAUAACAUUUCUGAUGACUGUCAAUAGAUCUAAUGGAUAUGUGAUUUGUUAUAAUUUGUUCAGUCAGAAUUAUUUAUGUUUUAUUAUUUUAUACUGGAAAAAUAAAUAUUUAUAUUGUUCCAUUU